AUGUGCUCUGUGUGCAAGAAGCGUUUCAAGGGACAUGCCAAUUUGAUCGCACACAUGCGCAUUCACACAGGAGAAAAGCCUUAUCGAUGCACCGUAUGCAACAAGACGUUCACCGACAACAGGAGACUAAAAGAGCACCAGCCACCUCAAUCAGAAGAGAAACCGUUUCGCUGCGGCGUUUGUAGUGAAGCUUUCACCGCUUUCUGUCAACUUAAAGAACACCAGCAGUGUCACAAAGGAGAGAAGCACCAUCACUGUACUGAGUGCGGAAAGGCCUUUACGCAUUUGUAUUUGCUAAGGAGUCACCAGCGUGCACACUCGGAUGAGAGACCAUAUUCCUGCACUGAAUGUGGAAAGUGCUUCCGCCGGUCAUUUGACCUGAAAAUGCAUGUGAACACUCACAGUGAAGCACGACCUCAUCUUUGCUCUGAGUGUGGAAAGAGCUUCCGCAGGGCUGCAGAGCUUAGGAUACAUCUGAGAGUACAUACGGGAGAAAAGCCUUAUCCCUGCUCCGUCUGCGGCAUGGGCUUCAAACAGACAUCACAACUCAAAGUGCAUGAGCGCACUCACACAGGAGAGAGGCCAUUCCCCUGCCCGGACUGUAGGAAGACCUUCAAAGACAAGAGAAGCCUGCUUACACACCAGAGAGUGCACCAUAAAUAA